UCGCCUUCAGUCGAGCGUGACGGAGAAAAUUAAUUACAUAUUUUAUACAUUUUUAUAAACUGAGUUAUUAUUUAAAUCAUUCCAAUCAAACAGAUGGUUCCAAUUUCUAAAAAUUGAAUAAAAAAUAAAAGCGAUAAUGAAAAAGUAUCAUUUCUAUUUAUUGUAUCUCGUUGCAAUACCAGGUAUCCUUGGUUCGAAACAGCUAUCCUUGAGGGUAGUUUCAACCGAGUGUGAAACUACGGAUGAUAGUUUGGUGAAAUUUGAUCGGUGUUCUGUGGACAAAAAUGCCAAAAAUCAAAUGGCCUGGAAUGUCGAUUUACAGCUGUUGCAGGUGGUGCGCACGGUGGAGAUCGAAGCCAAGCUCCUGCGCAAGGUCAACAAGAAAUUCCAACCUUUCCUCUAUGAGGACACCGUCGAUUUGUGUGAUUUCUUGAAGCGCCAACAGAAACGUCACAUUUUCUGGGGUCGAGUCUAUAAAAUGGCCCUGAAAUAUUCCAAUUUGAAUCACUCAUGUCCCUUUGAUCAUUCAAUUGUCAUACGCGAUUUCCUAUUCGAUGAUGAUGUCUUCAAGGCCCUACCAUUUCCCAGGGGCCAUUAUUUAAUAGAUCUACAUUUUAUGUUAAAUUCGGAGCCAAAAUUACGCAUUAAAUUUCAAGUGGCCAGGCAAUAAUAAUUACUUGUGA